AUGGACAGGAAGUUGGAAAAAGGAGCCAACUUGAAAUUUUGCAUUAACCUUGGAAGGUCUGCUACAGGGACAUUGAGCAUGCUUCGGCAAGCUUACGGCAACGAGGCAAUGAGUCUUACGUCAUGGUCCGAGUGGCAUGUGCGCUUCGGAAGCGGUAGAACGUCCAUGGAAGACGAUGAGCGAUUCGGAAGAACUGUCACGGGGUUCACUCCUGCAAAUGUGGAGAAAAUUUAUCAACUUGUGCAUGAGGAUGGUCGGAGGACAAUCAACGGCAUUGCUGAUGUUGCUGGUCUGUCGUCUAGGUCAAUGCAAGCAAUCGUAACAUCUGAAUUGCGGCGUGUUCCUGCCAAAUUUGUCCUCUGCCUGCUGACCACUGUCCAGAAAGAACAUCGUUUCAAAGUCUGUCUGCGUGCCACCGAUGACCCAUCCUUCAUGUCGCUGAUCAUUACUGGUGACGAGAGUUGGGUCUACGGGUAUGACCAUGAGACGAAGCAACGGUCGGAACAACGAAAGAGUUCCACAUGUAUACGACCGAAGAGGGCACGGCAGAGCCGCAGCUCAUUACAGAGUAUGCUCAUCGUUCUUUCGACAUCUGCAGCAUUGUGA